GGCCGUGUCCAUUUUGCGCGGGCGCCGCCGGGGCCGCAGUCCGCGGAGAGAGACAGUAACCUUGUCGAAAGCACCUGCUUGGCCGGGACAGAGGUGUCAGCUGAUUUUUGUGACUACUCCUUAGGUAAACCAGGGUGGCCUGAACCAACAUGUCCGCCUGCCUCUGCAGUCACUUCUGGGAUUGGAUUAAAGGAUGUGAUGGAGCUGCUUGAAGAAGAUCUCACAUGCCCAAUUUGUUGCAGUUUGUUUGAUGAUCCCCGAGUUUUGCCCUGCUCACACAACUUCUGCAAAAAAUGCUUAGAAGGGCUCUUAGAGGGGAAUGUGAGGAAUUCAUUGUGGAGACCAUCUCCAUUCAAGUGUCCUACCUGCCGUAAGGAAACAUCAGCUACUGGAGUCAAUAGUCUGCAAGUUAAUUACUCACUGAAGGGAAUUGUGGAGAAAUACAACAAAAUCAAGAUCUCUCCCAAAAUGCCAGUAUGCAAAAGCCACUUGGGGCAGCCCCUCAACAUCUUCUGUGUAACUGACAUGAGGCUGAUCUGUGGGGUCUGCGCUACUCGUGGUGAGCACACAAAGCACGCCUUCUCCUCUGUUGAAGAUGCCUACACCCAGGAGAGGGUGGCCUUUGAGGCCCUCUUUCAGAGUUUUGAGACCUGGCGCCGGGGAGACGCUCUUUCCCGCCUGGACACUUUGGAAACUAACAAGAGGAAAUCCUUACAGUUACUCACUAAAGAUUCAGAUAAAGUAAAGGAGUUUUUUGAGAAGUUACAACACACAUUGGAUCAAAAGAAGAAUGAAAUCCUGUCUGACUUUGAAACUAUGAAGCUUGCAGUUAUGCAAGCCUACGAUCCAGAGAUCAACAAACUCAAUACCAUUUUACAAGAGCAACGGAUGGCCUUUAACAUUGCUGAGGCUUUCAAAGAUGUGUCAGAACCUAUUAUAUUUUUGCAACAGAUGCAGGAGUUCAGGGAGAAACUCAAAGUAAUCAAGGAAACUCCUUUGCCACCCUCUAAUUUGCCCACUAGCCCUCUAAUGAAGAACUUUGAUACGAGUCAGUGGGAGGACAUUAAACUAGUUGAUGUGGACAAGCUCUCUUUGCCUCAAGACACAGGCGUGUUCACUGGCAAGAUUGCCUGGCGCCCCUAUCUGUUGCUCAUGGUGGUAGUUCUGCUGGGUCUCCUCGUAUUCUUUGGACCCACUGUGUUCCUGGAAUGGUCUCCACUUGAUGAGUUGGCAGCUUGGAAAGACUGUCUUUCAAGUGUCAGUUCUUACCUGACUAAAUCAGCUGAUUUUGUAGAACAGUCUGUUUUUUACUGGGAACAAAUGACAGAUGGGUUUUUCAUUUUCAGUGAAGGCGUCAAAAAUGUUAGUUUGGUGGCACUGAACAAUGUAGCAGAAUUUGUAUGCAAAUAUAAACUGUUAUAAAGUC